AUGAGCCAUGUUCUGCGCGGCAAAACGCUCGCCGCUCUGAACGUCGCUCGGCCAGCCACUGUGACCGUUGGAGGCCUGCAAAUAUGCCGGUCAGGGGUUUCAAGAACAUCGAGAACUGUAACUUUGGGCCGCCACUUCACAACCCAUAGUCUAAAGCUUGCCGAUAGCGACGAUACCCGACAUCAGUCGCACAAUCGCCCAGCCUCCAGAAGGAAGGUAGAUGACAGACCCUGGCAUCGCGAGAGCAGCAGAGCAUUGCCCAAGUCGACUUCACCCGAUCCUACUGGAGGGGAUGCAACCAAAGGUCGACUGCUUACGACUCCAACCCGACUGCUCAAGCUGAUCCUUCCGAUCCCAUUCCAUCCGGAACAAGAAUACAUAAACUCAGACGAAACAAUAAAGAACGAACCAAAAGAAGAGGCAGUCGAACCGCUAGCGCUCCUUGUCCACCCACAACAACCGCUCUCAUACCUAGAGAGACUAAUUCAAGCCGAAAUCCCGCCCCUCAUAGUCAAAGACCGCGAGAAAUUACCUGAGAUCAUCUUCCGAGCCGAAGCAGACUACUCUGGUGGCGACAAAGGCAGCAGAAACAAAGAGUCUGACCGUUCAAAUGUCGCAUCCUAUUCUGGACUCGGGCGCGAGGGACCAAACAAGGGCGAAACUCACUGGGUUCGGUGGAGUGGAAGCACCGAGAUUGGCGACUUUAUCAGGGAUGCGGCUCGAGGUCGAGAAUUUUCCGUCACCAUUGAAGGACACGAUGAGGAGCUGCGGGUUGCCGUGCCGAGCUUCAAGGAUAGAACAUACUACAUGCGAAUGAGAUUGCGGCAAAUGUCUCGUGAGAUUGAUCAAAUGGCACGCGUCAAGCGAGAGUGCGAUCUGUUAGCACACAAGGGUGCUCAUGCACUCGCAAAGGGAGGCUUUGCAGCGCUGGCAGGCUGGUGGGGGAUUGUUUACUAUGUGACAUUUCACACGGAUAUGGGUUGGGAUCUGGUUGAGCCGAUUACUUACCUGGCUGGUCUUGCGAGUAUCAUGGGCGGGUAUCUGUGGUUCUUAUUCAUCAGCCGGGACUUGAGCUACAAGGCGGCCAUGAAUGUUACGGUGUCACGGAGACAAAACGCUCUGUAUCAGGAACGGGGAUUCGAUCCAGCGAAAUGGGAUCAGCUGGUCCAUGAUGCCAACGGGCUGCGAAGAGAGGUGAAAUUUGCAGCUACAGAAUACGGAGUCGAGUGGGACGAGAUGAAGGACCUAGGGGGCGAGGAAGUAAAAGAGGCGCUGGAAGAGGAGAAGGGGGAUAAGGAAAGGAAGCGCGAGCAGGAGGAUGAAGAUGAGGAGGAUCAUGAGCAUCACAAAGAGCGUAACAAGGAGGCGUCAAAGUCAUCUACGGAGCAAUCUUCACAACGGUCCAAGGAUUAA